AUGCAGGACAUGACGGUCCAGACGGCGGACGAAGGAAUUCGUGUUGUCGGCGAGCUAAAGACCUUCUGGACGGGGGAGCCUCUUGAUGCCCAAUCUUACGAUACUCGUCGCAUUCUAGGCCAAGCCGUCCGGUACAUGGACGACUGUGGCACGAGGUACGGGUUCAUCAGCACGUAUAACGAGACCAUGCUCGUCCGGAGACGCAGUCAAUUCAUCUUCGAAGUUUCGCCCGUCAUCAAGCAUGACCAAUGCUCGACACCCCAGGGCAAAGUCAGCCUUCGCGAAGCGAUGCUCUUUUUGGCGCUCAUAUCAUCCGGUAAUACGUGGAACUUUCCUAAGGUUGGGCCAGCCGUGACGAAUGGAUCAUAUGUGGCAUCCGGCAGCCACACAGCAGCCUAG